AUGGCAGCUUAUAAAGCUUGUGUUUUGUUCGGUGUAUUGGCUGUGUAUUUCUUUGGUGCAUGUUUUGCCGACAUCCCGUGUGCAGCUAGAAAAAUAACGGGCAAGUCUGUUGUGUGUGUGUGCAACGCUACAUACUGCGAUACUAUAACAAGGGAACCUUUCGUACCCACCACGUACGUUGUGUAUUACAGCUCACAGAGUGGAUUACGAUUUAACAAAAGCAGAGCUCAAUUGAAACAGGCGAAUUAUUCCGAUACAGAAUGUAUUCCAACAUUAAUUUUGAACCCCAAAGUAAAGUAUCAGAGGGUGGAAGGUUUCGGCGGAGCGACCACGGACGCCGCUGGUAUCAACUGGAAGAACUUGAGCCUGCCUCUACAGAAAUACCUGAUUGACUCAUAUUUCAGCGACAAAGGUUUGCAGUACAACAUGAUCCGCGUCCCUAUCGGCGGCACAGACUUCUCAACUCAUGCGUAUGCUUACAACGAGCUCCCCGUGAACGAUACCAAUUUAUCCAACUUUACACUCACUUACGAAGACUUCCAUUAUAAGAUCCCGAUGAUAAAGGCAGCGAUGCAAGCAUCAAGCACGCCAAUACACGUGAUAGCGACAACAUGGUCGCCGCCGCUGUGGAUGAAGACGCGCCCCGUCUACAGGGGACGCAGUCUAUUGAAACCGGAGUACUACCAGACUUACGCCGACUACCACUACAAGUUCCUAGAGAAGUACAAGGAGCAAGGUAUCAACGUGUGGGGCAUCACCACCACCAACGAGCCCACCACUGGACUCGUCGGGUUCAUUCACUCCGUAAACAAUCUCGGCUGGACCGCGGCCAGUAUGGGCAGAUGGAUUAUCAUGAACUUGGGUCCGACUAUACGUAACUCAACGUUCAAGGAUGUUAAAAUAAUAACAGGAGACGACCAGAGACUUACACUACCUUACUGGGCGAAUGUGCUAGUAGCGGAGCACCCUAAAGUACUGGACUACGUGGACGGUAUCGCAGUACAUUACUACACAGACUUCCUCACGCCCGCCUCCAUACUCAGCGAGGUCUCCAAGUCAUUCCCCAACAAGUUCAUCAUCGCCACUGAAGCUUGCGAAGGAAGUAUACCGAUUCUUGAGAAACACGUGGACGUAGGAUCCUGGGUGAGGGCGAAGAAAUACGCGAUUGACAUUAUUGAUGACAUAAACCACGACGUCGUAGGUUGGAUAGACUGGAACUUGUGUCUGAACGUGCAAGGUGGACCUUCCUACACGGCGAACCAUGUGGACUCGCCCAUUUUAGUUUUCCCAGAAUUUAAUGCCUUCAUCAAACAACCGAUGUUCUACGCCAUGGGACAUUUCUCCAAGUUUGUUCCAAGAGGGUCGAGGAGGAUACAAGUUACACAGAAGUGUGGUUGGAAGAAGUCUCUCUGGAACACUGCCUUCAUCACUCCUCAGGACAAUGUGGUCGUGGUACUUUAUAAUGAUGGUAAGGCGACCAAAGUGAACCUUCAGUUGGGAAGUUAUCAAGCUGUGGUGGAGAUGGAAGCUAACUCUAUGGCCACCGUGGAACUGCCGCCUAACUUAAGCUUGUAG